AUGUGCACAAUCGCCAAGCCAACCGGUAUCCGCGGGCCCAUCAGCCCACUCGUCGACCGCUUCGACCUCCCCGCCACAGCGCCCCUGAAUAGCAACUUUAUGAAGGCCAGGAAGCGCAGCAGUCUCAGCUUGUUGGAGAAGACUAGCAGCCCCGCAACCAACAGCCUUCUCAGCAUCGUGCGAGCCUCUGAAGAGGGAAGCAACAAGCGACGAAAGCGCAGCAACAGUUGCUCGCCAUCUUUCGAAAUCUCCGGCCUCUUCAAUAGCUUGCUCUCCACUGAUAGUGUUGACUUUCCCUCUCUCGAGUGGAACUUCGACAUGGACAGCACCACCAGCAAAAAGACUUCCGAUCUCAUGUCCGCCUCUGAACCUUGCAUCCAGAGCAGCCACCGCCGCCGUGGAUUGGUUCGAUCCAAGAACUUCCAGCCCACUCGUCUUUGCUAA